AUUAAUGGUAUACGCGAAAAGUAUGUCUUAGUCACUGGAUGUGACUCUGGCUUUGGCCUUUUACUCACCGAACAACUUGAUAGACUUGGAGUUAAAGUUUUCGCUGCUUGUUUGCUACAAAAAUCUGUCGAUGAAAUUGGUCAGAAAUACUCACAUGCCAUUCCAUUUACAAUGAACGUGACAGAUAGUGAAGAUAUUCGCAAAGGUGUAGCGUUUGUAAAGCAAAAGUUACCGGAAAAUGAAGGAUUAUGGGGUGUAGUCAACAAUGCGGGUGUAGUUGGAUGCGGCUAUGCUGAAUGGUUAACGCGUAAAGAUUAUAUGAAAGUCUUAGAUGUUAAUCUGUUAGGAGUUAUUGAUGUAACUGUACAAUUUCUCCAUCUUAUACAAAAGGCAAAAGGACGUGUUGUCAAUGUAGCAAGCCUCCUAGGCAGGCAUCAUUCGACUUUCCUAUCAUCUUAUGUAGUUUCUAAGUUUGGUGUAUUAGGUUUCUCAGAUUCAUUACGAAUGGAAAUGAGGCCAUUUGGAGUAUCGGUUCAUAACAUUUGCCCAGGCUAUUUUCAAACUGGACUUGUUCAUGGUGCAACAGAUAAUAUGAUUCGUCUUGAAGCUACGUUGGAUAAAGAGCUUCUUUAUCGUUAUGGCAAAGAUCAUGCGAAAGAGCUAAUAGAAGCCUUCAAAGAAGUGUAUACUUUGUCCAAUCCAAAGAUAUCGUUGGUCACCGACGCGAUGGAAGAUGCACUUUUAUCUUUAAAGCCCAAAAAUUAUUACUAUGUUGGCCUGGAUUGCCUCCUUGGGCAUUUGAUAUCGUUCCUUCCAAUCGAUAUUGGCGAUUGGUUAUAUCACAAGAUUCUUCCCUUUCCU